UCUUCUUCCUGCCCAACAAUCCGAGCAAUGGACAUCAACAAGGUCAACUCCAUGGACUUCGGAGAAUUCGUGGACGUGUUUGGGAAUGUCAUUGAGCGAUGUCCUCUGAUCGCAGCUGCUGUGUGGUCCCAGCGUCCAUUCUCUGACCUGGAUGACUUGGAGAAACACUUCUUUGACUUUAUUGACGGUCUUCCCCAAGCAGGUCAAGAGGGCAUCCUGCGCUGCCACCCGGACCUGGCGGGCCGCGAGCUGCAGCAGGGCACGCUCACCGCCGAGUCGCAGCGGGAGCAGAGCGGCGCGGGCCUCACCAGCCUAGGCGCCGACGAGCGGCGCCGGCUGUCGGAGCUCAACGCGCAGUACCGCGCGCGCUUCGGCUUCCCCUUCGUGCUGGCCGCGCGGCUCAGCGAGCGCUCGGCCGUGCCCCGAGAGCUGGCGCGCCGCCUGCACUGCCCGCCCGCCGACGAGCUGCGCACCGCCCUGGGCGAGGUGAAGAAGAUCGGCCGCCUGCGACUCGCCGACCUCCUGGGCAGCGACCCAGCCAAACUGUAGCGACCACGCGAGCCUCGGCGCGACCCGGCUCGGGGCGCCCUGGGCACGAAGCUGGUGCGGGCCUGGAGAGGCGGCCGUGCGCCGCACCGAGGGUUGGGAGAAUCGGGGGGGCCCCUACCACCAACGCGCCCCUUUGUCCUCCGCACACGCGCACGCUCUGCCGAGAUAGCUGCCUGGUUCCGUGCUCUGCCUCGGUGUAUCCACUCACUGCUUCAAUUCUUCCCUCCCUUUGAGGCUUGUGGUCGCCAUCAGCCCUUGUGGAUCCGAAGCCGUUUAUCCAGCUGUUUGGCUGCCCACUGUCUCCCGCUAAACCCGAACUGCAAAGCAAAAACCGGCCCGGAGGGG